UUAAAAUUAGAAUUUUUAGAUAAUGGUGUCAUUUUAAAUUUCAUUGGUUUACUUUAUUUUCUAACAACUCAACGUAUUGUUUGCAUAUGGGUCGCAGAGCAAGUAUUAAAUGGGAAAAAUCUACGCUGUGUAGACCCAUACACAACAUUAUUUCAUCCGAUUUUCCAAAAUACUUGCCUCAGCCCUGGAAAUUUUCCGAAGGUCCAUCCAGAAUAGAAUGGCUUUUGUCUUACGAAUAUUAUAGAAUGUGGCUAGAAGAACGCGAAGCUUGGAAAAAACGCAUGUAUCCAGAGAAUACAACGGUUAACAUUGAUGUAGUUAAACGUUAUGUGUUAACCUUCAAAAACAACCAUCAGCCACCCAAGCCGGUGAAGAAACAACCAUUCAAAAUGAAAAAAUUUGAAGGCAUAGGAAGCAAAACGGUUACCAAGCGCGAUCCAUCGGACAAAGCCAUGAGUUAUGAAAAGCGAAAUAAGCAAAAACAAGAAGCAAAAUAGUUAUUCGCAAAUUUACAUUUAAAUUUGAAAUGUGAAUAUAUUUGAUA